CCCACGCUAUACACCGCCAUGCGCAACGGCUUCAUUGGUUCACUCUGGUAUCCGUCGAGUUAGAUAUCAUCGACAGAUUCGACACCGCAGUCGGGGAUCAACAGAAGUUACAGAAUCGCCUCGACCACAGUAAACUCGUCGAGUUCCUCUCGGCCCGGUCCGGCAUCGCCUAGGAUAUGAAAAGUCGGCUGGAAUUCUUCAGACACCCGCACAUGCCCAUGUUGAUCCGAUACCUGGCAUCCCGUCGCACGGCCCUCGGCAGCCAACUCUCGCCACAGCACGGCACGCUUGGUCUGAGCGCCACAUGCCAGGUGGGAAGGUGUCAGAAGCUCGACACGCCCGGGGCAUACACCCAAUACCGUGAGCUACUGUCCGACGGGUCGGUGUUGUCGUCGUCGGCUGCCACGGGGUUGACGGCAGGCCGCACAAACGCCUUUGAAAUCAUCACCAACUGCCCCGACCACGGACCACAGGUGCUACAAGUCGGCGAUCCGGACAACAUGGCCUGGACCGAGCGCCUCGUGGCCAGCGGCCCUGUACGCACGCUGCUGCAGAGCAUGCUGAACCUAACCGACUUCGGGUCGCGCCACGUGCUCAUCACGGGCGCCGACCGCGCCGGUCUGUACCACGAGACCACGCUGCUCCGGCCACUGGCCGAGUGGUCGGCCACGGCGAUGGGUAGUUUGAUGGACAAAGUGCGCGGGAGGAUGCCGCAUAUUCUGUAUGCGCCGCUGGUGACGGACUGGAGCGGGGCUAGGCUGUGCUUCUGGGCGACCGCGGCGUCGCCCUGGUCAACCUCGCACUGGGCCAGUAGCUAUCGCGUGAUGGUAGACAUGUUUGGGGAGGGCAUGUUGGGCAGGCUUUUCGACGAGGUGCUGCGCUGGGUCGGGGAUUCGAAGAUGAUGUUUCGCUCCUAUUCGACGCUGUAUCUACAGCAUAUUCUGGAAGGACGGGAUUGGCUGGUGGGGUACUUGGUUGCGGAGUCAGGACAAAGGCAAUAAUAGGGGAUAGGAUGGGCUCAUGCCGUUAGGUCAGGUACGGCUUCUUCUUCUUCUUCUUCUUCUUAUUAUUAUUAGCGCCGUGUUGGGUGACUGGUUGUUGGGGGGUUGUUGGUAUUGAUUCAGAGAAGGACUUUAGUUAGCGUCAAUAGAAUAGCAGGUUGAUAACAGGUAGAUACGGGUACAGGUUUCAACCAACCAUCAUCCUUCCUUGGUCGGAUUAUCAGCGGAAGUGACGGAAGUCGGCUCAGGCUAGCAUGCGGUCUAUCUGCUUUUCCAAUUUACGGAGGUGCGUUCCACGGCAUAUUGGAUGACAAUGUCAUCCGCUCAGUAUGAUGAAUCG